AUGAGAUGCUUUCAAUAUGGAAAUUCAUUACCAAUUUCUGAUAAAGAACUACAUAAAAUAUAUUCUGAAUAUGAUCUAAUAAAAUUACAUGCACAUUUCUAUCCAACAUGUGAAUGGAUUGAAGAACUUGCAUAUGCCGGCUUUUAUUUAGAUGCUGCAGGUACUCAUGUUAAAUAUCCAUGGUGUAUUGUUGAAUUAUCUGAACAAAGAUUUGAGGAUAUAAUACGUCGACGACCAUCUUUCCCUGUUUUACCACUAUUAAAUGAUGAACCAUGGACAGCAAUGCGUGUACAUAUGCAUGAAAAUGAACAGUUGCUGGAUAAAGAUAAUUCAUGGUGUUUAUGGAUUCGUCGAAAACCAGAUGGACACUAUC